AUGUCAUACCAAGACAGUAGCGAUUCCGAUUCAACUAUCCAGGAAGAGGAUUGUCAUCCUCCACGGUCACUCCCAGUCCCAGAUGACACUCCAAAGACUCGCUUUGACCCCGAACAAUCUAACUUCCAAUUGCGCCAACAAUUGCAGUCAAAAGCUGAUGAAUACAUGGCUUCUUCUAUAGAAGAAAGUAUAGAACAGACCUCAGAGUAUUCUACAGCUCUUGGUCAACUAGUUUCGGCGACAGUCCAAUUCGAACAAAUUUGUUCGAAUUCAAUUCAAUAUGCAGACGAACUUGUCCGCUAUUGUCCCACUCUUGUAAGAGUACUUCAAGAACGACUCUUCAACCAGUUGCUUCCUACCUUACGCAGCCCAAUUCAAAUUCAAUUUGCCCGUGCAGCCAUAAACUUCACUCCGUACUCGUACAGCUAUGACGAGGAUGAACUAGCUGACGAGUACGGAGCCGAAAAUGUUGGCUGGGUUUUUCGCACAACUCCUUGCGAAUUCCAAGUUGAAAUUGUCAACCAUUUCCUCGUUCGUACUAUUUCGUUACAGAAUGAAGACAACGAAAAAGAUGGAGUCAUUCCAGGUGACCGUGUAAGAGUCAUUUUCCAACGCAAAAGUGGACAAGAAAUUGUAUUCGAAGAAUUGGUUUGCAUAUUCUUUAGCAAUGGUCAAGACUACUGGGAAGGAAACUUGGUAUUAGUCCCCGGUGAAACCAUUUCUGUUUCAUCGGAUUUGAACCAUCCAUACAAGAUAUGGUUCAAUUACGUUGCAUAUAACGCAGAAGACCCGAACUUUGACUCAGAAUAA